CCUGUGCUGUGUCCCCAGUCUCUGGUCAUCCCUGUGCUGUGUCCCCAGUCUCUGGUCAUCCCUGUGCUGUGUCCCCAGUCUCUGGUCAUCCCUGUGCUGUGUCCCCAGUCUCUGGUCAUCCCUGUGCUGUGUCCCCAGUCUCUGGUCAUCCCUGUGCUGUGUCCCCAGUCUCUGGUCAUCCCUGUGCUGUGUCCGCAGUCUCUGGUCAUCCCUGUACUGUGUCCGCAGUCUCUGGUCAUCCCUGUACUGUGUCCGCAGUCUCUGGUCAUCCCUGUACUGUGUCCGCAGUCUCUGGUCAUCUCCUGUACUGUGUCCGCAGUCUCUGGUCAUCUCCUGUACUGUGUCCGCAGUCUCUGGUCAUCCCUGUACUGUGUCCGCAGUCUCUGUUCCAUCCCUGUACUGUGUCCGCAGUCUCUGGUCAUCCCUGUACUGUGUCCGCAGUCUCUGGUCAUCCCUGUACUGUGUCCGCAGUCUCUGGUCAUCCCUGUACUGUGUCCGCAGUCUCUGGUCAUCCCUGUACUGUGUCCGCAGUCUCUGGUCAUCCCUGUACUGUGUCCGCAGUCUCUGGUCAUCCCUGUACUGUGUCCGCAGUCUCUGGUCAUCCCUGUACUGUGUCCGCAG